AUGAUUUUGAUUGUGUUAUUUGAAAUAAACAACAAUAAAAUUAUAUUAAAAUUCAAGAUGCUAAUAUUCUUUUUAUUAAUAUGCAUAGUUUCAGCUUAAACUAAGCUUAAAGUAACAGGAACCGUCAUGGAUUCCUAGGGUAUCAAUAUUGCAGGAGUUUACAUUAAAUUAUUGUACUAAUUCUAAUUUUAUCAAUAGCCAGCAAUAAUAAAAUAUCAUAAGUGGUUAAACAAAAGAUGAUGGAAAGUAUGAGCUUAUAGCACAAAUAAACUAAAUGGGUAAUCUAUUUGUUGAAGCAUCCUUAAAUGGAGAUUUAUAAAUUCCUUAACGUUAUGCUGCAAAUCCAGAUAAAAAUGGUAAUAUAAUUUAGGACUUCAUUCUUACAGUAGAUGAUGUGACAGUAAAUGGACUUGCCGUUUUAGCUAAAAUUAAUGGAUAAUACUUUAAUAAAAAUGCUCCACUAAAUGGAGGAUAAUCUUAUACUCCUUUAGUGGGUGUUAAAAUUGAUUAUACUAUUGAAUAUAUACUGAAUGGUUAAAAAUCUUAUGCAUUUCAAAGUGAAUCUAAUGAUUAAGGUUUAUCUAAAUUAUUUACAAUUUAUCCAAAAUCUGCUGCUGUUUUGAAAUUCUUAGCAUAAAGCGAAAACUUUUGGAAUUAUAGAUAAACUAAAGAUAAUGAUGAGACUUAUGUCUUGAUUGUGUAAAAAUAUAUUUUUAUCUACCAAUAGAACUAAUUAAUAUAAAGUCAAUUAUUAAGUCAUUAUGGAAGAAGGAGUCUUUACUUAAAAGGUCUAAGGAAUUGUGGUUGAUAAAAAUUCUAAAAAACCUUUAAAAGAUGCCAUUGUUGAAAUUAUUUUUAGUUCUGAAUCUAAAGGGUAUCUUACUAUUUUUAUAUACUUAGAAUUCUAAAUACUUAAACCUUCUAAACAAAAGAAGAUGGUAAAAUCGAUAUAUCAUACAUUACUAAACUUUGGUAUAAAUUUAUAAUUCAAAUAUCUAUUACUAAAUAGUAUUAUGCUUUAUAUGAAUAAUCAAAAACUAUUUCUAUGGAUCAUGAUGAUAGAACUAAAAAUUCUGAUCUUUACUAAUUAGGUAUUAUUGAAAUACCAGUUCAACCUUCAGUUACAUUACAUGGUAUUGUUUUAGAUCCUAAUUUAAAAACAAUAAAAGAUCUACCAUUAUAAUUUAUAGCUAAAUUUGAGAAUUUAAUUGAAAAAUUUGAUGCUCAAACAGACUCUAAUGGAUAGUGGAUCAAAUAAAAAAUGCUAUUAUAACCUUCUGCUUAAUAUGAUUUACAAAUUACUUAUACAAAUAUGUAAAAAGAAAUACUAAUUAAUAAAUUUAUAUUUUCAACAACCCUUGAACCAGUUUAAAAUAUAUUAAUUGAAAAUCUAUACUAUUAAGACAUAGUAAAUGCUCAAUUGACUGGUACAUUUUUACAAGCUCCUGAAAAUAUUAAAUUUAAUAUUCCUUAUUAAAUUAAUUGUGAUACUAUUUAAUCUAAAUUAAAUUUACCAAAAUAAAUACUUGGAUAAACUGAUGAAAAUGAAAUUAUCGAUUAAAAUUGGAAAGUAGAAGCUAGAGGAGAUAAAGACAUUGCUUGUACUAUUUAAUAAUAGGAUAUUGUUCAAUUCAUUCAACCAUUCUCAAAAUAAUUUACAUUAUAAAAAGGAAUUUGGAAAGUUGAUCUAAAAUAAAUUGAAAUUAAGUACAAUCUUUUUGAUAUAAUAAUUACUGGUAUUGUAGUAGAUAAAACCCAAAUAGUUCCAUUUAUUAGUGAAUCUAAUAUGAAAUUUAUUAUUUUUUAAAAAGAUGAUACUUAACAUAAACUUUCGAGAGAAUUUAAUAUAAAAUCUGAUGAGAAAGGUUAGUUUUCUCUAAAAUUUAAAAUUGGAAAAGGUGAAUAAAUGAUUGUAAAAUUAUAAAUAUCUCAUCCUGAUUUUAUAGAUUAUUAGAAAGAUGAAUUUUUAAAUUUAGAAGGUAAUGGCUCUUAAAGUUUUAAUUUUAAUGUAUAAUCAGAUUAAAAUCCAAAUAAUAAAAAUCCUAUAACUUUAGAGCGUGUUGAGUAUAAUAAUAUUAUUCUAAAUUAUAAGGUUGAUACAUUAAAAUAACAAGCUACAAUAAAAUUAAAUUCAUGUACUCCAUUUAUGGAAGAUGAUAAAUUGUAUAAUCCAAUAUAUUAAUCAAAUGAGUAAAUAUAUUGUUCUAAUGUUUUAGUGGAUCCUUUAAACUUCAUUUUAAAUGUUAUUAAAAUGUGAAUUAUAAGGCAACAUUAGAAUUAAACAUAAAGAACUUCGCUACAUAAAAAUUCUAAUCACAUUAAUUUAAGUGCAUACCACCAUCAAAAGAGAAACCAGAAAUUGAAAUUAUUUCUGACUCUCUUUUCAUUUAAGGAAUUUUUACUGUUAAAUUCUUCGAUGUUAAUAAUAAACCUUUAAGUGGAUAUUAAGCCAAUUUUCAUACUAAUCCUCUAUCAGAAGUUAUAAUCUUAACUUCCGAUGCCCAAGGAAUCAUUUAAUUUGUAGAUAAAAAACUAUUUAAAAAUUAACAGUAUAUAGGGUUUCUUGAAUAUGAGUCAUUUAGUACAUAGAUAAAUUUUUAAACAAAAAUAGAUAAUUUAGAGGAACAGCAUUUUAAAGAUUAAUAUAUUGGAGGACAAAUACAAUAUAAAAUAAGUGGAAAAGUUAAAUUAUGUAGAGGAUAAUUAAUUAAUCCUCUUUAGAUAAAAGUAAAAUGUUCAAAUAAAUCUGAAAAAAAUGAGUAAACAAAACUUGAUGGUGAAUUUAUUGUAAACAUAUAAGCAGUUAGUAAUUUUAAUGAUAUUGUGUAAUGUACUACUACAAUUUCAGGUGAUAUUUAAGAUUAAUCAUUUGAUACCACAUUCACUAAAGGCAUAUACUCAACUUUUAAAGAGAUAUCAGCUUGUUUAAAAGAUGUGAAGUUAAAUAUUUUAGGUAAAUUUAUUGAUCCUAAAAAUUAACCUAAAUCUAAUUAAUAAUUUGAUUUCAGUAUAAUAUUUUAAGAAGAUCCAAAAGAUAUCAAAGUCACUUAACUUAAAACUAAUGAAAAAGGUCUAUGGGAAAUAAAAGAUACAAUUAUUAAGGCUAAUGCAAAAUAUGAAUUUAUUAUCAAAUAUAAAAAUGGAAUUGGAGAUGAAAAAUCUUUAAAAUAAUAAUAUCAGUCAUCUGUCUUUACUCUUAAACCCCAAGAUAAUAUUGAAUUUUCAAAUAUUUACUAUGAAGAUUUUGAAUAAUGUCAUAUUUAUGGUAAGGCAAGUGAUUGUAAGGCUAAAAAUAUUAUACCUGCAACCUUUCCAGUUGUAUUAACAUGUGAUUAAGCUCUUUCAAAAGAUAAUAAGCCUAUAAAAUAAAUAGGUAAGAUUGGAUAUGAUUUAUAAUAUGAUUUAAAAGUUGAUGGAUUAGUAGGAUUUGAUUAACCUUUACAAUGUCAUUUGAAAUCUGAAAAUGAAGCCAAAGUUAAAUUUAAUUAGGAUAUAAAAUUAUAAGGACCAAAAUGGGAAAUUAAGCAAGAUCUAACAGUUUAAUAUAUUACUUGGUUAAUAUCUUUGAAAGGCUAAGUUUUAGAUUCAACUAAUAUUAAUACAAAUAUGAAUGGGGCUAUUAUUACCUUUACUGUACAUUAAUUAGUAACUAAUAAAAUUUAAUAAAAAUUAAGGGGAAGAUUUCAUUUAGAUGUUUAACAAACAUAAUUAGAUGAUGUAAAUUCUAAAGAUUAGGGCAUUUAUUAAAUUGAAUUUUCUAUUUUAAAUGAAGAAGCUUUAAGUAUUGAUAUUACUGCUAAACUAACCGAUUUUAAUGAUUUUAAAUAAUUAAAUGUUUUAUCAAUACCUGGAACUAAAAAUGAAAAUUUAAACUAUAAUAUUAAUUUAUAAAGAUUAGUGAUUCCUGCUAUUUUGUAAUCCAGUUUAGAUUAAACAGGAAGUAUUUAAUUUAAAACAACUCAACCAUUAAUGAAGGAAGAAGAUGAUAAGAAAUUCUAUGGCACUAGUGUUACACUUUAAUAGGGAAAGUAUCUAUUUUAUUUUUAUUUUAGACCAUUCUAAUUUAAUUUUUAAUGUUAUUAAAAUAUUGAGUACAUAUCAUAUUUUAUAUAUAUUAAUGAACAUAAAUAAUAGACUGAGUACUUUUCAGAACCAUUUAAAUGCAAGAAAGCACCUGAAUUGACUGUUAUAAAAAUAAAAUCUGUAUAUGAUAAAUCAAUAUUGAAAGUAAAAAAUAAUAAUAAUAAAUUUAGAUAAGUGGAAUAAUAAAGGAUAAAGAAAAUUUAAAUUAGAUUGAUUAUGUUGAAGGAGCGGUUGUGAUAAUAAAUUUAAAUAAAAAUGAUAAGUUAGUUAAGUCAAUAUAAACAACUUCAAAUGAGAAAGGUUAAUAUUAGGGUUAGUUUGAAAUAUUUACUGACACAUAUGAACUUGAGAUAGAAGCCUCACAUCCUUAAUUUGAAGAAGGAAACAUUUAAGAAAAAGUAAUUUUUUCAAAGAAUGAAGAUUUGAAGGAUAGAGAUAUAACUUUAGAAAGAAAAGUAAAUAAAUAAAAAAUUGAGUUUAAUUUAUAAGAUUCUAAAAAGAAGCCAAUUAAGAAUUCUUAAGUAGAAGCUUCAGAAUUUAAACCAAAAUAGAAUGGUAAUGGUAGAAUAGUAGUGAAAGUGGAUGAUGAAAAAGGUAAAGCAACUUUGGAAGUGAGUUGUUUUAAAGAUGUAGAAGAAAGUUUUAAAUUAGAAAUAAAAGUUUAAGGUUUGAAAGAAACAAUUGAAUAAACAAUAAAAUGUGAUGGAAUAAGUUAAGAUCAUUCAAUAAAGACUAAUUUACAAUAUAUUAAUAUAUAAGGUUAAGUCAUUGAUCCAUAUUGUGAAGGAAAGGGAAAACUUAAAUUAAAUCUUGAUACAAUUCCUGAAACAUAGAAACUUAAAUUAAUAACAGAUAAAGAAGGUUAUUGGGAAGGUGAAUUACUUGUUAAAUUAGAUUAAGAAUAUAGUUUAAAUGUUAAUUACAAUAGUUGGAAUGGUAAAUAAUAAAUUUUGAAUUAAAAACAAAAAAUAAAAAGUGAUGAUUUAAGUUUAAAAUAUCAAAAGAUUUAUUAUUCUGAUGAAGUAGAGAGUUUAGUGAAAGGUGAAGUUACAUCAAGUAAAUAUCAUGUUUCUUUAAAAUUUCAUAAAAUAGCAGUCAUAUAUGAGAAUAAGGAAGUGAAGGAGAGUGAGAUAGAUCAAUUUAGUGAAUAUGAAAUGAAUUUUAAGUUUGAAGCUUAAUGUAAUAUAAGUUAUGACUAUUAAAUUUUGAUAAAAGAAACUCAACAUUUUGAAAGAAAGAUGGUUCCUUUGAUUAUAAAACCACCGACAUAUAAUUAUACAAUAGAUAUUAUAGUUGAAGAAAGUUCAGCUUAUGUGAGUGAAAUAAAGAAUUUCUUUUCAAAAUUUUUGAUAAGUGGUUAUUUAGAAUCAGAAUAUAAUUGUAAAGACAGAUUAUUUAGAGCAGUUGAUCAUGCAUCAGUAAAGAUUGUAAAAAAAUAAGAAUCUGGUGAUAAAGUGAAAGCUGCAACUCAUACAAGGAAAGAUGGAAAAUUCUAAUUGUAUUUCUUUUUAUCUAAAUCGUAAUAAAAUUAAUCUAAUUAUUUAAUAGGUAAGUGAAAAACAAUAUUUUUGUAUGGCUUCAUUUUGAGAAGGAAGGAUUUACAACUCCAUAUCCUCUUUUAAUUAUACCAUCUUAAUAUGAAAAAUUUUAGAUGGAUGAAGAAACGAUUACUCAUAUAGAUAUAGGUUAUUAAUCAAUAUCUCCAAUUAGAGAUAUGGGUUGUCCAGAUGAUAUUCCAAAAAUAUCAAAUAAUGAAUAAUCAAUGAUUUUGAUUGACUAUAUACAAUUGGAGAAGAAACAUGUUAAAGGUAACAAAAACUGA